GCUUCCCGUACAUAAUCUGCUGUUUUGUUGACACUUUUCUCUAUCAGCUGACUCCCCGCUGAGAGACGAUGAGCAGCUCCGCACAGGCUGACCUCCUCGGCUUAAUUUUCUCCGGCGAACAAUCGGCAGAUUUCAGGAAGCCUCUCUUUCAUGCUGAGGAGAGCAGCAGCUGAGAAUGGCCGCUGUUUGCUAACGAGUCACUGACCAUUAGCCAGCUAGCAGCUUUAGCUCCCAGCUAACAUCCACCUUCUGUAACCCGAUGUUUGGAGAAGUCAUGGAGGGCAUUUUAUACAAGUGGACUAAUUACAUGACAGGCUGGCAGCCGCGCUGGUUCGUCCUGGAAGACGGCGUAAUCUCGUAUUACGACAGCGAGGAUGACGUCGCGAAAGGCAGCAAGGGAUCCAUCAAGAUGUCCGUGUGUGACAUUAAAGUCCAUCCCACAGACUCGACUCGCCUGGAGCUGAUCAUUCCUGGUGAGCAGCAUUUCUACGUGCGAGCCGUUAACGCCGCAGAGAGGCAGAGGUGGCUGGUGGCGUUGGGAUCCUCCAAAGCUGGAACUUUGGAAAGCCAUAAACACAGAGGUUCAGACUGUCUGAAAACCAAAAUGUCUGAACUUCGUCUGUAUUGUGACCUCCUUGUCCAGCAAGUCCAGACGAUCCAAUCACAACACAAUGCAGACACAGAAGCCCCGCCCACUUCAGAGGCCUCGUUGCUCAGUGCCACCUGUGAGACGUUCAUCAGGACUUUGGAGGAGUGUAUGAGCCUAGCCAACCAGAAUUUGACCCCUGACCUCCGACCUCCUGAAAGGAUGAAGCGCUCCAUCAGCCACCCUGGUACAUACAGCUUUGACAGGUCAGGUGUACUAAAGGAGUAUGUGAGUGGAGGUCAGAGGUCAGCUCCACGCAGACAUCGGACGUCCUCCGAUAGCUCCGUCUACGAGACUGAACGUUUGCUGCCGGCUCUGAACGGCGACUCGUCCUCCAUCCCGGAGGAGAGGGGAGGCAGCGUGAGCCCGAAGACCACGCCCACAGACACAGACACCGACCUGUCCAUCUGAACACCGGACGCCCGACGGGAUGGACAGGAAGGAAAGGUCAUCUUGGUCUAGGAUUUUUAGGAUUGUUCCUCCUAGGUUUUCUCCACAGAACCAGCUGAGCACUUCAGAGUCAUUCAGUUUCUUUCUGUCAGUGGUUGAUUCACACUCUGGAGAGGUGGGACUCUUUUUGGGAGGUGGGGUGCUGCCGCUCCGUUCCAGAUGAAUGGUAGAAACCUGGGUCCUGUUUCAGUGCUGCCCCAGCUGGUCGCAUCAGGCAGCUCUAUGUGAACAUGAUGAACUGUGAAUUGGUGGUUUUUGGACAUGCUCUGCUUUAAAAAGACCCCAGAAUGUAAAUCUGUCUGUUGGGACGUUUUAGUGGCUCUGAUGGUGGCGUCUCUUUGGACGGUAGAACUUCAUCUCCAUCUGUGACGGCUCUGAUCUCAAGCUGUUCCUUAUAGAACAACCUCAUUGACUAAUUCAGACGGACGUUGCUCCACAGACCUCUGCCACUUGUCUGACUUCUUCAUCUUAUUGCUACGAUGAAGCCAAUCCUACAACUGAUUGAUGUUUCUUUAAGCUAACCUCAGUUUACAGUUAUUCACCCAAAUUCCAUUGGUAAUGAGCAGGUCCAGUCCUGAGGAGUUGGACGAGCCGCAGUCGGGUCAGAUGAAGGGAGCUGACUUGUUACUGACAGCUUCAAUGUGAACAUGUGGUAGAGUUUUGCUUUGGUAGUAUUUGUAUUUUGCAUUCACUGUAUUUUAGUGGUGGAUUCCAGUCCAGUCUCACUCCGAGGCCAUGAUGAAACUGAGAUUUGUUUUAUUUUUAAUGAAUGUCUGUUGGGAACAGAUUUGUUGAAGAAGUGGUAAAACUGGUGGGUGCUGGUUUACUGUAAGUCUGUCUUUAACUGUUCUGAUGUUAGAGUCUAGAUGUAAAACUUUAAAUGGGACGUUUUUACUGGAUCGCAAAAGCAGGAAGUAACUUUGUUUGUAGCUUUGUUCCAAACACAUGACUGUUUGUACCCAGCAGUGCAACUUUUUUUUUUGUACCCGACUUAAACUGAUGAUUUCAAGUCAUUUUCUACCGUCGACCUGCAGUCUGCUGUAAGGACAUGCAGGCCUGCAACUCCAAUAAAGAAUAUCUGCAGUUAUUCGGGUUUAAUCAGAUGUCACAAUCGGUUUUAUUUCUUAGGGAUCAACUGAAUCAAACAGGGAUGAGAACCAAGAUAAACUCAUGGAAACACUGAACUGCAGAUAAACCAAGAUGGAAAGUUCUGCAUAUAUGUGAUACGACUGAGACACCAGAGGUGACGUCACCAAACUGACAAAACACAAAGCAGGAGUUUAAUUGGUUUAAAGUGACUGCAGUGAUGAAGUAUGAAGCCUUCCAUAAUGAUUCUUAGUGGCAUUUUGAUGCUAGAUUUCAUUCAACCACUAGGUGGCACCAGAGUUGAAGUGUUUGAGUCUUGUCAGAACAAUGAGCAGCAAUAUCCUUGAAGCUUCAGCAGCACACGGCUGUCCACAUCUUCAUCAAAGCAGUUGGAAAAAUGAAAAUAACAGACUGUUGGGAGAAAACCCUUUGCUUUCCUAAAUGACAUAGUUACUCUUCUCUUUCACUUCAUGAGAGACGCUUAGAAUGUCCCAUCUUCUACUGAUUAACUACAGGAGAUGAGCCACAUCGCUCCUGUAAACUCUAAACUUCAGCAGAUGUAGAAAAUGUUCCAAACAUUUCGCCAUUACAGAUUAUAGUGAGGGAUUCUUCAUAAAUUACAUCAUCCUGUCUGUAUGUUCAUAAUGAUACCUAUAUGUAUCUUAUAAAAUGUUUUAGACGAUUUUAAAGUCACAGUCCAACCUUGAAAAAUGAACAUAAAUAACAGAAACUGAACGUAGAAGAUCUCUGAUGGGGUUGUGGUUUCAUCUUAAGUUGUACAACAACCAUUUUUUCUUCUUUUUGUUUUUAUACCUCCUCUAUCCUAACAGUGAUUGGCUCUCAGAUCUCCAUGGUCAGGAUUAGCCCAUUUAAACCCACCGGUCACAAUAGUGACCAAGAAAUUAAUUUCACUUUCAAGGACUCCAAAAAGCUUAGUGAUUAAAUUUUCAGUUUAUGUUCAGCAAAUAUUGAAAGUUUGGAGUGUUUACAUAAUACUGAUGCAGUAUCACAUGUUUAGAGUAAAUUAUCACAUGUAAUAGAGCUGUUUGUACAACACUGCCAAAAACCUCUCAAAGAAGAAGAUAGCAAUGUAUGUUUAAAUAAACAUACAACAAAGAUUUUUGGUGCACGUCAGUUUAAAGUGUCUAGUUAUGAUAUACACCUUUAAAUUUACAAAACUUGCUUUGGUGUGUGAGCAGGAUGUGUAAACAUGUUGACGGUCACAAUAGUGACCGGUGGGACAAUACAUUUAAAUACAUACCAUAUUCUUCCAAUUCCAAACUUCUUCCUUUUUAAGAUUCAUUUUGAGUUUGGUUCUUGAUCUGUUGGACUUAGUGAUGGACAGAAACGUAUGCAACAAUGUAGUUAUGAGAAAGAUGGAAUCCUUACUGAUUUUGGUAGUGGUGGCUUAGACAGGGAUAAUCCAUGCCCGAUUUUGAAUGCAUAUGAUCAGUUCAUGGGAAAAGAGGAUGAUCUCUCCCUUCACCAGACAUGUGGCUCUCUGUUACCACCUGCAAAGUUUAUGAUGAAGGGACAACCGUCUCAUUGACGUACCCUUUAAAACUAAAGAGGAUCCAAAUGAGGCUCCGACACAAGAUGAGAAACUGCUGGUCCACUAGAAAGACAACAAUAUUUUCACAGUAGAAACAAAGAUGAGAAAGAACUACACAGAGACUGAUGUCAAAUAGAUCAAAUAGAUCAUGAGAGGUGUAGAUCUUCAUGACCAGAACCCCUCAAGGUACAGAGUCAUGAUCAGGUGCAAGAAGUCUUGGUGGUCCAUCUCAAAAGCACAUUUGAAAAUAGGAUGACUGCAGCUUAGGAGGUUUUAGUUUAUCUUGUAACUGGUGGGUUUCCUGCUGGAAGCCCCACUUUGUGUCAGUCGUUGUGGCCUGACACAAGAGGACGAUUCACCAGCCAUGCCUGCCGGUGGUAGUCAGAGAACCUGGUGGUGCCAGGAUAUGACAGCCUCACUUCUGUCAAACUGCGCCAGGGAAGCUGUAGCUACAAUAUAGUAGCUUACUGCUAUUAGUGUGUGAAUGUGUGUGUGAGUGGGUGAAUGAUUAAAUGUGAUGAAAAGAACUUUCAGGUCAUUUGGACUUGAUAAAGAACUAUAUAAGUACAGGCCAUUUACCUUUAAGAUAUUUUAAAAAUGUGUCAUACGAGGGACGACCGAAUAUACUGACCUUCUCAUGGGUUGUGGCUUAUUAUGCAAAGGUUUGGCACAAAGUCAGUAGGUCAUGGAAAUAGAUCUCAAAUGGACACUUCUCUUCAAGAUGUGACCAAGACACUUACUGGUCAGUCAAUGCAAGAAUCGUUUCCAGUGUUGUUGCUUUUGCACCACAAAUGCCUGGGAGAAAGUCAAGGAUUUAUUGCACAUUGCUUCAAGAAAGAUCAUGGAAAGUAAAGAGGGGACCAAAUGGUCGAAGGAGCCAAACAACUGACCUCUGAUUCCAGGCCUUGGGGUCCAGUAUCCUGUAACUUUCAGGUGUGUCUCUUGUCCAACACACCUGAAUUAAGUGGAUGACCUCCUCAGUAUGCAGUCCAGUUCUCCAGAGUCCUGCUAAUCACCUGGUUCAGGUGUAUUGAAGCAGAGACGGAUGGAAAAGAUGCUUGACCCCGGGCCCUCAGUCUCUGGAGUUGAAGGCCCCUGGACUAAGUUUAUUACUGAAUGACAGUGAGACUGACAGAUGUUCAUGAUUUUUAAUACUAUAAAUGAAGGCCUCUACUAUAGAUGUUAUCUUUAUGAUCUAUGUUAACAUGAUAACAUAACACUACAACUGACUGAAGUUCAAUAUAAUUAUGCAUAAACACUCAAAUUGACCUUGGUUUAGAAUAUACAGAUAGUCAAAUUUGUACUUUACAGAGCAAAUGUUGCACUAAAGUAAUGUUGUGGAAGAUAUAUUCAAAUAAAGAAACAAUGUUCACCUUUUAUGAUCUUUUCUGUUUGGAAAAAGCACUUUCAGUUCAUCUUAGUAAGAACACCAUAUUAUCCCACCGGUCACAAUUGUGACCGAUCAUAAAACACACUUUUUUAUAUAUUUUUCCACAAUUUUAAAAAUUAUUUCCCCUUGAUUAGUUCAAAGGACUAUCAAUGCCAUCUGAUUUUAAUAUUUUCAUGUCUGGGAAAAUGUGGGUUUAAAUGUGUAAGUUCAGCUGGUUCUCAGAGGACUUUGCUCCCUGCAUAAAGCAGGCGCUACAAAGGGUUGGAAGUGUGAUCUGUUCUGAUGAUCCUCAGUGGAUCACAGGAGCCUAAACUAGUUCAAACGCUUGUUUUAUGCAGAAGCAGGUCAGUCCUGUUGGUCAUUGCUGCAUUGAUUUGGUGUGGAAUGUUUAAGCUGCAUCUUCAUGACUUAUUUUCUGUCGUGGCACUUAACAUGAAGUAAUAAAAACGUGUGGUGUUUUUUCUGUGAUUAUGAUUUUUGAUAUCGCCUGACUGACGGCUGUAACGUUACCGCUUGUUACCAACAUUUUACACUCCUGUAAAGAAAUCAUCUGGAAACGGAAAAAAAAAAAACACGACCAUCUGAUCUGAUAGUCCUGAAAACUCUCAAAUCUUAACUCAUGCCAAAAUGUGAAGCCGUUGUAUUUUUAUAUUUUCGUGGACAAACACUUAAAUAUCAGCCUUUUUUAAAAGUCAUAUACAGUACAUGCCUCCACGCAAAUUCACCACAGCUUGUAACUUUUCCACAGGCUAAAUGAAAGUAUUCACUAACCAUGUUUUACCUUCUCCAACAUGAAGUAUGUACAUGUGGUUGUUUUUCACUUUAAAGUGAUUCUGUCAGUGUUAAGGCUCUGAAAGUGGAUUAAAGUGACGACUUUACAAUGUGAUGGAUUAUUCUGAUUUUCAUAUAGGUGUCUGGAACUUCAUGAUGCUCUAUGUUACAGGAAGUUUCUAUAAAUUCAGUAUAAAAAUGUAUACGGAAUUUCUAUCUGAUCACAGAUUCAAGUCUGUGAUCAGAUCAGUUUAAACACCACAUCUUCAUUUUCUGCUGCUGACUAACAUUUUUUGUCACAGCAUGAUGAAGCAACAUUUCCAUAUUUUACUCAUAAGAGCUUCAGCUAAGUGAUGAUAAUACCCAUCAGGUUUCAUUAAUGAGAUUUAGCCAGAUCUUGUUUGAACAUGUGAAGAGUGUGUAUGAAAAUAAAAGAUGAAUAUUAGGAGAAAGUUCUAUUGUAUUAAAAGCAGAUUGCAAGAUGAGCCAGUCAUCCUGGAAUUACUAUUUUAAUUCUUAGGGAUUUUUUUAUUGCAAUGUUUAAUCCAUCUGUGUUUAUUUUGGAACCAAAGGAAAAUAUUCUAAUCACUUGUAGUUCUUACAUUUGUUGGGUAAAUAAUCAGUACAAUUCUCUUAUUGUGGAUUUUACUCAGCUCAGUUUCCACAAUGUCAGACUAAAGUUGAAGUAAACGGUUUUUGAUUUAUAUAUUUAUAAAGUAGAAAAAUGUAAUUCAUCUCCUGAAUUCCUUUUAUGUAUUUAUUACAGCCUGGUUAUGUUAGCCAAAUAUCAGGAGCUUCCUUAAGAGCUGCACAGAGCGACAUGUGGUUGUAUCACAUCUGACUUUUAUUGUCUGAAUAAAGUUUUUGAAGCUGA